AUGAUGGAACUAGAUGAGAGCGAUGUAUCUUCGGAUGAUUCUUCGCACUUAGAUGAUUCCAUUCAUGACAGUAGUACCGAUGAUGAAGAGUGGAUGGCAGGCGAAAGCGAAGAUAAAAGUUCUGAAGAGCAGAGUGGCGAAGAUGAAAAUAUUGAUGAUUUGGACACAGAAGAUAAUUCUGAUAUUGAUGAUGUUCCGUUAGAGAUGCGAUGGAAUAAACACGUGGAAAACUUGACAUGGAGUGCAAAUAAUAUGUUCACUCCUUCUGUUCAUGACUUUACAGAUAAAAAAGCAGGUAUUCAACCAGGAUUUGGUCUAGACGAGAGUAAAACACCUUUAGAAGUAUUCAAACUGUAUUUUACAGAGGAUUUGAUGGAUUCAAUUUGCUUCCAAAUCAAUACUUACCAACAACAGAAGCUAACAACUUUGCGCGCUCAGAGGAAACUAAAAGAGAAUUCCAGAAUACUGAAGUGGAAACCAGUAGAACCAGAUGAAAUGUAUACAUUUUAUGGAUUAAUAAUUAUGAUGGGUAUAAUUCGCAAGCCAUCUUAUGAAUUGUACUGGUCCACGAACCCUCUGUUAGAAACGCCAAUCUUUGACAAAUGUAUGACGCUCAGAAGAUUUCAAAGCAUUUUAGGAUUUUUACACUUUUCUGAUAAUGAAGAAGUAAGUACAGACAAGAUUCGUAAAAUUCGUCCUUUACUGGAAUACUUAGUGGAGCGAUUUCAGGCAGUUUAUAGACCAGGCGAAAAUGUAUGCAUUGACGAAUCUCUUCUAAAAUUCAAAGGUCAUCUGAGUUUCAAGCAGUGUAAUUUGACUAAACGUGCUCGUUUUGGUAUCAAAUUGUACAAAUGCUGCGACUCUGCUACAGGCUACAUCAACAAUUGUAAAGUGUACACAGGUAAGUGUUCCGAUAAGUCAGAAAUGGAUAAAAGAUUUGGAGUGCCUGGCAUGGCGGUAAUACAAUCACUGGGAGAUCUGACUGGACAAGGUCGUACGUUGUACAUAGACAAUUGGUACACAUCUCCUCUUCUUUUUGAGAAGCUGAUACAAGAGAAAACUAAUGUCGUCGGAACUGUCAGGUUAAAUCGUAGGCACUUGCCGAACGUUCAACCAAAAAAUUUGAAAGUUGGUGAAAUGAAGGUAUUUAGUACUCCAAUCAUGUGUCUGCUUCUAUGGAAGGACAAAAAAUUGGUACACAAUUUAGAAGUAAUUGAUGAAAAUGGUGUUCAAUUAGGAAGAGGAAAUACCAUAAAACGAUAA